GCUACAUACAUAUAUCAUCAUCACUAUUUGUUACACUUCCAAAACCCUAACCUAAACCUUCACCUCUGAACCUUGUUCUUCAAUGGGGAAAGCAAAAGCAAAGGGAAAACAUCGUUUAGACAAAUACUAUCACUUAGCCAAAGAACACGGUUACAGAUCUCGAGCAUCAUGGAAACUCGUUCAAAUCAAUUCAAAGUACCAUUUUCUCGAAUCAGCACGUUACGUUCUCGAUCUCUGUGCCGCUCCCGGAGGUUGGAUGCAAGUUGCUGUUGAACGUGUUCCCGUCCAACAUCUCGUUAUCGGAGUUGACCUUGCUCCAAUUGCUCCCAUCCGUGGCGCUAUUGCUAUUCAAGAAGAUAUCACCAGACCUGAAUGUAAGUCACGUGUUAAGAAAAUCAUGAAGGAAAACGAUUGUCGUGCUUUUGAUGUUAUUCUUCAUGAUGGUUCUCCGAAUGUUGGUGGUGCUUGGGCUCAAGAAGCUACUAGUCAAAAUGCUCUUGUUAUUGAUGCUGUUAAAUUGGCUACACAGCUUUUAGCACCUAAGGGUACUUUUGUUACCAAGAUUUUCAGGUCCCAGGAUUACAAUUCUGUUAUUUACUGUAUGAAGCAGUUGUUUGAGAAGGUUGAGGUGGAUAAACCGGCAGCUAGUCGUUCUGAAUCUGCUGAGAUAUAUAUUUUGGGGCUUAAGUAUUUGGCCCCUGCUAAGAUUGAUCCUCGCAUUCUCGAUAUCAAGUAUCUUUUUCAGGCAUCUGCUCAACCGGAAGCUAGGGUGGUGGAUGUACUUAGAGACAAUAAUAAACAAAAGAGGCAUCGUGAUGGGUAUGAAGAUGGAAACACAACUUUGAGGAAGGUUUCUUCAGCUGCAAAUUUUAUUUGGUCCGAUGCUCCUCUGGAGAUUCUUGGUUCAGUUACUUCCAUAAGCUUUACUGAUCCUGCUGAUUUACCAAUAAAGGAUCAUGAUCUUACUACUGAAGAGAUAAAAACUCUCUGUGAAGAUUUGAGGGUUUUGGGGAAGCAAGAUUUCAAGCAUCUUCUAAAGUGGCGGAUUCACAUAAGAAAAGCUCUUUCACCUGCUAAGAAGACCGAACCUGCUACGACAGCUGAGGUGGAAAAUGAGCAUGUGGUGGAUGAAGAUGAUAAAUUACUCAAUGAGAUGGAGGAACUGUCAAAUGCAUUGGAACGCAAGAAAAAACGUGAAAAAAAGAUUUUAGCAAAAAGAAGAGCUAAGGACAAGGCACGAAAAGCAACAGGGAUGCAAAUGGAUGCAGUAGAAGAUGGUUAUGUUGAUCACGAGUUGUUUUCUCUUGCCUCCAUAAAGGGUAAGAAGGAUCUGGUAGCUGUUGACACCACUGACUAUGAAGGUGGUGAGGGUGAAGUGGAUGACAGUGAGAAUGAAGAAAACAAAGGUGGCUUGGAGCAUUCAUCUAGUGACUUAGAUUCUGAUGAAGAACGUAAAAGAUAUGAUGAACAAAUGGAUGAUUUCCUUGAACAAGCUUAUGAAAAGUUUGUGAUAAAAAGGGAAGGGACUGCAAUGCAGCGGAAGCGUAUUAAGAAAUCCUAUGAUGCAGACUCCCAGCUUUUGGAGGAGGCUGGUGAGGACGAGGACAUUGUUCAGUCAAAAUAUGAUUCAGAUGAAGAUCAGGAUCUUCAAGAAGCCAAUCCUUUGAUGGUGCCACUUAAUGACGGGGCAGGGCCCACCCAAGAGGAGAUCACAAAUAUGUGGUUUAAUCAGGAUGUCUUUGCUGAAGCUGUAAAGGAAGGAGGCUUUGAGAAGGAUGAUAGCGAAAAUGAGAUGGAUAUUGAUGGACUGAAGGAGAAGACGCCAGUUGCUAAAAAGGUCAAAGAAAAUAAGCCUGUUGCUGAGAAGGUCAAAGAAAAUAAGCCUGUUGCUGAGAAGGUCAAAGAAAAUAAGCCUGUUGCUGAUAAGAUCAAACUAAAUAAUACGGCUGCUUCUAUGGAGAUAGAUCACACUAAAUCUCAAGCAUCUAAGGAAAUGGAUUUUGAGAUUGUUCCUGCACCUGCCACUGAUUCAGAUGAUUCGUCUUCUGAUGAGUCAGAGGACGAUGUUGAAAAUAAAGCUGAGAUAUUGGCUUAUGCUAAGAAGAUGCUUAGGAAAAAGCAAAGGGAACAAAUGCUGGAUGAUGCAUAUAACAAGUACAUGUUUAACGAUGAGGGAUUGCCCAAAUGGUUUUUAGAUGAGGAAAGGAAACACCGUGUUCCAGUCAAGCCUGUCACGAAAGAGGAAAUUGCUGCAAUGAAAGCACAAUUUAAAGAUAUUGAUGCUCGCCCUGCAAAGAAGGUGGCUGAGGCCAAAGCACGAAAGAAGCGUGUUGCAAUGAGGAAGCUUGAGAAGGUACGUAAGAAGGCCAAUGCUAUAUCAGACCAGCCAGACAUAUCCGAUCGUUCAAAGAGUAAGCAAAUUGAUCGACUUUAUAAAAAUGCUGUUCCGAAAAGGCCUAAAAAGGAGUAUGUAGUUGCAAAGAAAGGUGUCCAAGUUAAGACCGGCCCGGGAAAAGUCCUUGUUGAUCGUAGGAUGAAGAAGGAUUUGAGGAAAAGUGGAUCGGGUAAGGCAGGAAAAAGAGGUUCCAAGGCAAAGGGGGGCAAGUCUCCAAAGGGUGGGAAGGCUCCAAAGGGUAAGGCGCCGAAGGGCCAAGGAUCUUCAAAUUUCUCUGCCAAGAAAGGAAGAAAAUAAAUUAAAAUAGGUUGAUGCGCAAUUUCAGUUACGAGUUGUCUUAUUUUCCCGGCUAAAUUUUGUAUGCUCAUUUUUUCUUCUUUUGUUACUGUGCUAUAGAUGAUAUAUAAAUUAAAGAAUCGAACUAUUUUGAUUGAUGUCGUCUGUAAUAGAAGCUGAAAGUUAUUUAGAAAUUGAUUAUGGGCACCAAUAUAAUUUAUGGUCAAAUCAGGCUUAUGGUUUGACACAAUUUUGAAUUUAUGAAAUCCAGAGUGUAAUACUUCGAGUUCAUUGAAUAUGCCAUUAUUUUGAA